UCCCGAGGCUUGGAAGAACUACAAUCAGACAUCGCUCAGCACUUUCCCUGCCAGCACGCACGCACACCGUCCUCCUGCUGCGACCCACCACCGCCACCACCACCAAGGAUUUCAGAGUGACUCCCUGACCACCGCCAUGCCCGCCUCAGCCAUCGCCAGGUGGAUCAUGCCGGGCCUUUUCACUCUGUCACUCUUCACGGUCACCGCCGCCGUCUCCGCCUUGAAGCCCGACGCGCUGCAGUGUGGGGCUUGUGACCCCAGCCGCUGCCCUGCCAUCGGGGAGUGCCACCGCGGCAUAACCUGGGACGUGUGUAACUGUUGCGAGGUGUGCGCCAAGGGGGCGAACGAGGAGUGCGGAGGCCCCUGGGAAGCGUAUGGCAAGUGCGGCUUCGGGCUGACCUGUCUGAGAGAUGCCCGCGAGUGCCCUUACCUCUUCAACCCUCGAGGCAGCGCAUCAGACACUGGCUCCAACAUCUGCGACGAGUAUCUCUUUAAUGCCAUCGGGAGGUGCGUGCAGAGCGAGCGCAUGGUGGACGAGCGCAUGAUGGACUCCGCCUUCAAGGGGAACCUGGUGAAGAAGGUGCUGGAGGAGGACCAUCGGCAGGAGGUGGUGGGUCAGGAGCACGACCUGACCGAAUCGUUAGUAGGGAAGAGACUGAUGCUGAAGGGCGUCCUGAGAGGCGUGGAGUACUAAAGGAAGCCUCUGUAUAGCAAGCUGUCUCCUCCGGGAUUUCCCUCUUCCAUCACCCUUUCCGUACCCCACACAAACCGUUUUUUUCCUGUUCCCCUUCUGUACUGCCUAGCGUAUCCUCUCAAGGUAUUUAUCAGUUACCAGGUCAUUGGAAAGUGUUUCAGUAUUCUCGUUUCAAAUUAGUUAAAAGUUGACGAGCUAAAUGCCUCUUAAUUCUGGCUACUCCUAAUGUACGCUGUUGGUAGGAACAUGCGAUUACCGUGGCUUUUUUGUUUCAUCUUUGUUUAUUGCCCUUGAGCUGUAAUUCCUUUGCCGUAUAAAAUGAAGAAAUGUGCUGUUGAAGAGAUGGCAAGGUUAUCAGCAAAGGCUAAAAGAGUUAAUGGAUGUAGAGGAGCCCUGUCAUGGUCGAGCAGUGCAUAUGGCGGUGUGCUUCAGUCACUCCCUGGCGUAAGUGCAGGGAGGCCACUUCAUGCAGUCAAUUAACCAGUGAUAAGCUGAUUGAUGGGUGACGGGGUACGUAUACAUCAUUAUGGCCUUGACACAAACCUCUCAUGAUACUGACAGUUGUGGGUUUAUGCUCUCCCUUACAAGGCUCAUCCUACGGCACCUCAUCCAGUGGUCAUUUAUUUAUAUGCUGGGUUUCACGACUCAAUAAAUAGUUCUAUGGCCCAGUGACUAUAGUUCAAGGAUUCUACAGUGUUCUUCUCUAGACUCCUUGGACUAGCUCGACCUGUACUUAAUAAAACUCAGAGCUUGGUUCAAUAUUUAAUCACCGUGUGAGAUGAUGACAGUUGAAACAUUGGCUAGAAUUUUGAGGUUGAUUUUUACAUUUUAACGAUCGACAGACCAAUUAAACUACCCAACACUAAUUAAUAUCAUGUUUGAAUGUUGUGGAUGAUGAUACUAAGCAAUGUUAUUAAGACGAUGAUGUAAACGAAGUGGAUAAUAAACUCGCCUGAUAACUUA